AUGUGUCUACUCAUGGCAAAACCCUCAACAAUUUCAACCAAAAUACACCCUCACUUCACAAAUCUCCAAAUGUUAAAACCUAUCACUCUUUUGGGUUCAUCAGUGAGCUUCCGUGCAGCUUAUUCACUGCAUAUCCUACCGGAAAAUUCCUCAAUCUCUUCAAAGGGUAAAUCUUUUUUACAUUCCCAAUCUACCCUUUUAAAUUCUUCUGCUUUUUUAAACAAACACUUCAACAAUCAUGAUGAAUUUUUAGUUUAUGUAGAGAAAGUUCAUAAAAUUUCAAGAAAAUUUUACUAUAGGGUUCCAAACAGCUCAGUUUCUUCAAAGUUUAAAUCUUUUUUACAUUCCCAAACUACCCUUUUAAGUUCUUCUCAAAAUAAUGAAUUUAUAGCUGAUAUAGAAAAAGUUCAUAAAAUUUCAAGAAAAAUUCACUAUAGUGUUCCAAACACCUUAGUUUCUUCAAAGUUUAAAUCUUUUUUGCAUUCCCAAACUACCCUUUUAAAUUCUCCUCAAAAUGAUGAAUUUUCAGCUAAAGUUUAUAGAAUUUCAAGAAAAUUUCACUCUAGUUCUUUAAAGGGUAAAUCUUUUUUACAUUUCAAAACUACCUUUUUAAAGUCUCCUCAAAAUGAUGAAUUUUCAGCUACAGUUUAUGGAAUUUCAAGAAAAUUUCACUCAUUUUGUUCAAAGGGUAAAUCUUUUUCACAUUCCCAAACUACCCCUUUAAGGUCCCCUCAAAAUGAUGAAUUUUCAGGUGAUGUAGAGAAAGUUUAUAGAAUAUUAAGAAAAUUUCACUCAAGGGUUCCAAAACUUGAACUUGCUUUGUUAGAAUCUGGUGUUGUAGCACGUUCAGGAUUAACCGAACGCGUAUUAAAUCGUUGUGGUGAUGCUGGGAAUUUAGGGUUUAGAUUCUUUGUAUGGGCAUCAAAGCAACCUGGUUAUAGGCAUAGUUAUGAUGUGUAUAAAGCAAUGGUGAAAAUAUUAGGGAAAAUGAGACAGUUUGGUACUGUAUGGGCACUUGUUGAAGAAAUGAGGAAAGAAAAUCCUCAGUUUUUAACACCAGAAGUGUUUAUUGUUUUAAUGAGGAGAUUCGCCUCAGCGAGAAUGGUGAAGAAAGCGAUUGAAGUGUUAGAUGAAAUGCCUAAAUAUGGUGUUGAGCCGGAUGAGUAUGUUUUCGGGUGUUUGUUGGAUGCUUUGUGUAAAAAUGGUAGCGUAAAAGAGGCGGCUAAGUUGUUCGAUGAAAUGAGGUUUAGUAGGUUUAGUCCUACGAUAAAGCAUUUUACGUCGUUGUUGUAUGGUUGGUGUAAAGAAGGGAAGCUUACGGAAGCGAAAGUCGUGUUGGUGAAAAUGAGGGAGGCGGGUUUUGAGCCUGACAUUGUGGUUUAUAAUAAUUUGCUUAAUGGUUAUGCUGUAGCUAGGAAAAUGGCGGAUGCGUUUGAUCUUUUGAUGGAGAUGAGAAGAAAAGGUUGCAACCCAAAUGGAACUUCGUAUACGAUAGUAAUUCAGGCGCUUUGUUUGCAGGAUAAGAUGGAGGAAGCUAUGCGGGUAUACUUAGAUAUGGAGAGAAGUGGAUGUGAAGCUGAUGUUGUAACAUAUACUACUUUGAUAAGUGGAUUUUGUAAGUGGGGAAAGAUUGAAAAAGGUUAUGAACUUCUCGAUACUAUGCUGCAGAAAGGGUUUAACCCGAAUCAAACUACUUAUUUGCCUAUAAUGUUGGCACAUGAGAAGAAGGAAGAGUUAGAAGAGUGUUUGGAACUUGUGAAGGAAAUGGAAAAGAUUGGUAUACCUCCCGACCUUAACAUCUAUAAUAUAGCAAUUCGUUUAGCUUGUAAAUUAGGGGAAGUUGAUGAAGGUGUUCGAGUAUGGAACCAAAUAGAAGCAAAUGGGAUUAGUCCGGGGAUUGACACGUUUAUCAUUAUGAUUAAUGGUUUUGUUGAGCAAGGGCGUCUAGUAGAAGCUUGUGAUCACUUUAAAGAAAUGAUCGGGAGAGGUCUUUUUUGUGCUCCUCAAUAUGGUACUCUGAAGGACCUAUUGAAUACUUUGUUACGAGCGGAAAAACUCGAACUAAGUAAAGAUGUGUGGAGUUGCAUAACGACCAAAGGGUGUGAGCUUAAUGUGUCUGCAUGGACUAUUUGGAUUCAUGCAUUGUUUUCAAAUGGACACGUGAAAGAGGCUUGUUCGCAUUGUUUAGAUAUGAUGGAUGCGGGUUUGAUGCCUCAGCCAGACACAUUUGCCAAGCUUAUGAGGGGUCUAAGGAAGCUUUAUAAUAGACAGAUUGCUGCAGAGAUUACAGAAAGGGUGCGGAAGAUGGCUGAAGAGAGAAAUAUGACUUUCAAGAUGUACAAGAGACGUGGUGAAAGAGACUUGAAUGAAAAAGCUAAGGAAAAACUGGAUGGGAGAAAGAGGAGAGCUCGGCGACGUCGUUGGGGUAGCCAUCAUAGUCAGGCUAAGACGUUGUGAUAUGAGAUAUCAGUGAGGAGGAUACUAUGAUGCAGUUUGACUUCAUAUUACAUGAAGGAACACGCUUUAAGUUGGAAUCUCAUUGAUGGGGGGAGAAUUCUUGCAAAUAUCACAAGAUCUCUUAUUGAUUUACACUAUAGAACUGAAACUUCACUAACUUUUGCUAUUCACUCAAGUAUCAGAACUGUUCUGGUUUGCUCUGUCCUCCAGCCAAGGAGAAGGCUGAAAUGUGCACAGACAGCAGCUUCCAGCUAAAAUGUGCACCAAGGCAACCAAGCUAUAUUGUUAAAUAGCAGAACCAAAUGAUAUAUUGUUAAAUAUUUUCGGCAUCAUAUAAGGAUAAUAUCAGAGUGCUCGAAUUAUCAGAAGAUUAGUCUUAGGCUCUUAGCAACAUGGGCCUUUCUGGCCAGAUCUAUUUCGGUGCAGAAUUGGGGCAUGCGAGGAACGCUUGGUGAAGGGAGUGACUCGGAAGAUUAAGGUGUUGAGAUUGCGUCAGGUGCUGAUUACAGCUAUUUUGAGUUGGAGAUCUCCUGGGAAUCAAAUUGAGUUAGCUGAGACAGUCGUUUGUGUUUUGAUGCUUAUACUAAAAAGGUCUUUUUGUGUAGUGCAGUUUUUCGUUCUCCAUGUAUCCGUUGUACUUCUCUUGCAUGUUGUGUUGUCCAAUCAAUUGCUUUUUCGUGUAUCUCUACCGAUCGUUUUAUAUUCCUUUGAAUAUAGUCUUCUAAAUUUAUUUUGUCAUUAUUGUCGAAUCAAAUAAUUGAAAAGAUUAAAUGUAACAGGAAAAAAAGUAAAUUAAAGUAAGACAUGACAAGAAAAGUAACUUUGGUGAACAAUUUGCCAAUGAAUGCUAUGAGUGACUAUAAAUGUUGCACUAUUAACGGGUUGAAAUAUUCCAAGGAUUGCUCCUUUAUGUUUUUUCUUCUUUAGGGGGGAAGGCUAAAACAAAAAACAAUGGUGGUUCUAUUUUAAGGAGGAGGGAUAUAUCAACGCUCCACAACCUUGCUAGACUCUUAAAAACGUUAUAUAAAAUGCGUUCUUAUUUACAUCCCUAAACUAUGCGAGGGUAAUAUAACAACACCCCCCCCCCCUCUCCCGAACUUAUUUUUUUAACAUUAUUUACACCCCUGAAUUAUUUUGGUCCAAAGAAGAAACCGGAGAAGGCGAAGAAUGUGGCCAAUCCAGUGUUCGAGAAGCGGCCAAAGCAGUUUGGUAUCAGUGAGGCUCUUCCACCCAAGAGGGAUCUCACAAGGAACGUGUGCAUGCCUCGGGGGGUUCAACUCCAAAGGAAGAAGAGGAUUCUCAAGCAGCGAUUGAAGAUCCCUCCUGCUCUCAACCAGUUCUCCAAAAUCCUUGACAAGAACCUCGCUACUAACCUAUUCAAGAUGCUUCGGAAGUACAGGCCUGAGGACACAGCUGCAAAGAAGCUCGUCUUGUGAAAAGGGCUCUAGCUGAAGCUGAAGGAAAAACUCCUGAAACAAAGAAACCGAUCAUCGUGAAGUAUGGGCUGAAGCACAUAACUUACCUUAUUGAGCAGAACAAAGCUCAUUUAGUAGUGAUUGCUCAUGAUGUGGACCCAAUAGAGUUGGUUGUCUGGCUUCCUGCACUAUGCAGAAAGAUGGAAAUUCCUUACCGCAUUGUUAAGGGGAAAGCACGUCUAGGAUCGAUAGUGCACAAGAAAACUGCAUCAGUACUGUGUUUGACUACAGUGAAGAAGGAAGAUAAGACGGAGUUCAGCAGAAUUUUGGAGGCAAUUAGGGCUAACUUCAAUAACAAGUAUGGGGAGAACAGAAAGAAGUGGGGUGGUGGUGUCACGGUUCCAAGUCACAGGCCAGGACCAAAGCCAAAGAGAGGGUUCUCGCCAGGUAAGCUGCCCAGAGAUUGAACUAAGAGCUUGCUGUGAUGCGCAAUGCAAUUGGAUUAGAGAGUUGCUCUGCUAUUUUUUGUGUUUGGUUCACAUGCUUGACAGUUUUAGGGAUAUUAGGUUGAUGAGUUUCUUUAUGUUUGCCUUCUUUUAGAGUUUUGCUUUGUGGAAGAGUUGUUUAUCUGAAGUUUUUGUUAGAUAUUUUGUUGAGUUGGUUA